AUGUCUUACGAAAUGUCUACACAGCAUGCGACAAGGGUUGGAGCGCGGCCAUUCAAUCACAGUCAAUCUCAAGCCGCCGAGCAAGAAUAUGACCGUCUGCGAGACCUUGCCCGACGAGAAGCACAGAAACGCGCAGACUGCUUUGCGAAAUCGCAGCAAGCAUACAGCAAUGGUGAUGGAGCUGCAGCCCAUGCGCUGUCGCAAGAAGGAAAAGACCAUGGUGCCAAAAUGGAACAAUAUAACAAGCAAGCUUCGGAGUUCAUUUUUCGCGAAAACAACGCCAAUGGAAGAGUUCCUGAAGAUACCAUCGACUUGCAUGGUCAGUUCGUCGAAGAAGCAGAAGACAUACUCGAAGAAAGAAUACGAUAUGCUCAAGCCCACGGCCAGUCGCAUCUUCAUGUGAUUGUUGGUAAAGGUAACCACAGUAACAACCACAUCCAGAAGAUCAAACCUCGCGUGGAACAAGUUUGCAAAGAAUUAGGUCUCCAGUAUCACACCGAACCCAAUGAAGGACGUAUUUACGUGAACCUGGCUGGUGGUGCGGUUGACAUGCAACAUGCCAACAACUGGGGUGGAUAUCAAUCACAACAACCUGCAUAUCAGCAACCAUACCCUGGCGGGCCACAACAGCAAGGCUAUGGAUAUCAGCAACCACAGCAGCAGCAGCAAUACCAUCAGCAACAUUACGGUGGUCAACAGCAUGGUGGUCAAGGACAGCAAGACCAAGUGGAGAAGGUGGUCAAGAAAUUCUUGCCCAGAAUCAUCAACAAGCUUCUACGCAUGCUCUGUCAUUGA